AUGAAAUUAUCUACUGUCGCAGCUAGUUUGAUCUCAUUAUCUGCACCAUUAGUCCAUGCUAAAUUUGCAACUACUCCAGAAAUUGAAAUUGUUGGAAACAAAUUCUACUACAGUAAUAAUGGUACCCAAUUCCUUAUGAGAGGUAUCGCCUACCAACAAAACGCAGCCAAUGCCACAAAUGGUCAACAAUACGUAGACCCAUUAGCUGAUGAAGAUGUAUGUAAAAGAGACGUUGAAUAUUUCAAAGAAUUAAAUACAAACACAUUAAGAGUUUAUGCGGUUGAUCCAACGAUAGAUCAUGAUCCAUGUAUGGAAAUUUUUGCCAAUGCUGGGAUUUAUAUCAUUGCUGAUUUAUCAGAACCAUUAUUAUCAGUCAAUAGAGAGGAUCCAAGUUGGACUUUAGAAUUAUAUCAAAGAUAUACUGAUGUUGUGGAUAUGUUUGCCCCAUAUUCUAAUGUUUUGGGAUUCUUUGCUGGUAAUGAAGUCACCAACGAUGCUACCAAUACUGAUGCUUCUCCAUUUGUCAAGGCUGCAGUUAGGGACACAAAAGCCUACAUUCUGGCUCAAGGAUACCGUGCUAUCCCUGUUGGUUAUUCUUCCAAUGAUGAUGAAGAAACUAGAGUUGCCAUUGCUGAUUAUUUUGCAUGUGGUGAUUUUGAUGAAAGAGCUGAUUUCUUUGGUAUUAAUAUGUAUGAAUGGUGUGGUAGGUCAACAUUCAGAGAAUCAGGUUACGCUGAUAGAACUGAAGAUUUCCGUAAUUUAACCAUUCCUAUCUUUUUCUCAGAAUAUGGAUGUAAUAUAAACCGUCCUAGAUUAUUCCAAGAAGUUGGAACCCUUUAUGGAGAUGACAUGACAGAUAUCUGGUCCGGUGGUAUUGUUUACAUGUUCCAUGAAGAAGAAAAUGACUAUGGCUUAGUUGAAAUUAAUGGCGACAGAGUGGUAACCAAUGGUGAUUACGAAAACUACAGUUCUGAAAUUAACAAGAUUUCUCCAAAUUUAGCUCACUCAUCAACUGCCUCAGAAGCAGCUACAAGAACAUUGGCUUGUCCUGCAAGUGAUGCCCCAACCUGGAGAGCCUCUAGUGAAUUACCGCCUACUCCAGAUCGUGAAUACUGUGACUGUGUUGCCGAACAAAUGGAAUGUGUGGUUAAUGACAAUGUCGAUGCCGAAGACUAUGGCGAAUUAUAUGGAACUAUAUGUGGGUUGAUUGACUGUUCAGACAUUUCAUCAAAUGGUACUACUGGAGAAUAUGGACAAUAUUCAUUCUGUUCACCUAAAGAAAAGUUAUCAUUUGUUUUAAAUCAAUACUACAGAUUAUAUGAUAGAGCUGAAGAUGCAUGUGAUUUCGGUGGAUCCGCAACUAUUAAUGAAAGUGCAAACACUGCUACUAGUUGUUCGGCAGGUAAUCCAUUCACAGCUGCUCCAAGAAGUAGAACUUCUUCUUCUAGUGAAACUGAUGACUCUAUUGAAACUGGUAAUAGAGAUAGUGCUGGUGUGGUUAAUGCAAAGAGACUCUCUACAUUUGAAUUAGUUGGAUUAACUGCUAUCAUCUCUGCUUUUGCAACUGGUGCAACUCUCAUUUUCUUUGAUUAG